AAGAAACAAGAGAGAGAGAGAGAGACCAAUUACUUUGUCUCGAUUUUUACGGGGAGAGUUCAUAAAAUGGAUGGGAAAAAGAAUUUGAGAGGAAAAAAAGGAGGGGAUUUGAUGAAACUUACACUGCAAUAACACGUCUUCCGAGGAGGAGGAGGAGGAGAAGCGAUCGAGAAUCCUCCUUUAUUGGCGAGAGAGAGAGAGAUUAAGCGGAAUAGGGGAGGGAGGAGAGAGAGAGAGGUCUGAGAUUUUUGUUGGCGGUUUGCCGUUCAGAGUUCCGGCGGACGUAGCCGUGAUCCAAUCUCCGCAUAAUCUGUUCACGACAAUGCGAAACUUGAAGCUUAUAGAAGGAUGUAAAGGAACGCAGGUUUACGCUCUCAACCCGUCGGCUCCUCCUCCGGCAAGCGGAGGCGCCGGCAGCGGAGGAGGAGUUGGUGACAAGUUCCUUCAGCACCUCCAAGACCAUCUUCGUGUCAACUCGAUCCGAUCCAAAUCCUCCCGGACUUAUCCGCCGCCGACCCAAACGAACGCCGUCGUGAUGCCGAAUUCCCUUCUCCCUUACGGCCUCCCCGUCACGGAUCUGCUCGAACCCCAGAUUGAUCCCUGUCUGAAAUUCGUCGAUUUCGUCGAGAAGCUCGCCGAAGUCUACCGUCGGAUCGAGAAUUGCCCGCAAUUCGAGAAAUCAGGGGCGUAUCUGGAACAAUGCGCCAUCUUCCGUGGCUUAUCCGACCCGAAAAUUUUCCGGCGGAGUCUCCGGUCGGCCAGACAACACGCGGUCGAUGCCCACACGAAGGUUGUCUUGGCCUCUUGGCUCAGAUUCGAGAGGAGAGAGGACGAGCUGAUCGGAACGACCUCCAUGGAUUGCUGCGGCAGAAAUCUGGAAUGCCCACGAGCAACCCUUGUCCCCGGGUACGACCCGGAAUCCGUAUACGACCCGUGUGUCUGUUCCAAAACUCCCAAAGCAGAACUCAACGACGAUGUCCCAGAAUGCUCGACUUCCGACGAAGAAGAUUACGACAUGUCUUUCUGUAUCGGCGACGACGAGGUUCGAUGCGUGCGGUUCAAGAUCGCUUCAUUAUCGAGACCCUUCAAGGCAAUGCUAUAUGGUGGCUUUAGAGAAACGAAACGAGAGACCAUAAACUUCACCCAGAAUGGAAUCUCCGUCGAAGGGAUGAGAGCUGCAGAGAUUUUCAGCAGAACCAAAAGGUUAGAUAUGUUCCCUCCAAACGUUGUCUUGGAGCUUCUUAAAUUGGCGAACCGCUUUUGCUGCGACGAAUUGAGAUCCGCAUGCGAUUCGCAUUUAGCCCAUCGCGUUAGCAAUCUGGACGAUGCAAUGUUGUUGAUCGAGUAUGGAUUGGAGGAAUCCUCGUACCUUCUCGUGGCGGCUUGUCUGCAGGUUUUUCUCAGAGAGCUGCCGAGUUCUAUGCAUAACCCUAAUGUCUUGAAGAUAUUCUGCAGCCUGGAAGGUCGGGAGAGAUUGGCCUCGUUAGGGCACGCCUCCUUUACACUAUACUUCUUCUUGAGCCAGAUAGCCAUGGAGGAUGAUAUCAAGUCUAACACGACAGUGAUGCUGUUAGAACGUAUGGUUGAAUGUGCAGCCGAUACAUGGCAGAAACAGCUCGCGUAUCACCAGUUAGGGGUCGCCAUGCUUGAAAGGAAAGAAUUUAAGGAUGCUCAGAGAUGGUUUGAUGCAGCGGUUGAGACGGGUCACGUUUACUCCCUCGUGGGUGUGGCUAGGUCUAAGUUCAAACGUGGCCAUAGAUUCUCGGCGUACAAGAUGAUCAACCCGUUGAUUUCGGGUUACGUUCCGACCGGGUGGAUGUACCAGGAGAGGUCAUUAUACUGCAGCGGUAAAGAGAAACUCGUUGAUUUGGACACUGCAACGGAGUUAGACCCGACUCUGACCUUCCCGUACAAGUACCGGGCAGUUGCAAUGGCGGAGGAGAACCAGUAUGGUGCUGCCAUUGCGGAACUGAACAAGAUUAUCGGGUUUAAGGUCUCUCCAGACUGUUUGGAGAUGCGGGCAUGGAUUUCUAUCUCUAUGGAGGACUACGAGGGGGCUCUGAGAGAUAUCCGUGCACUUUUGACGUUGGAACCGAACUUCCUGAUGUUUAACCGGAAAAUUCACGGAGAUCAUAUGGUGGAACUGCUCCGGCCGCUGGUCCAGCAAUGGAGUCAGGCUGAUUGCUGGAUGCAGCUGUACGAUCGGUGGUCUUCUGUGGACGAUAUCGGAUCCCUGGCUGUUGUCCAUCACAUGCUCUCUAACGAUCCCGGGAAGAGCCUUUUACGGUUCCGGCAGUCUCUUCUUCUAUUGCGAUUGAACUGUCAAAAAGCAGCAAUGCGUAGUCUAAGGCUGGCUCGGAACCAUUCAAAGUCAGAGAAUGAGCGACUUGUUUAUGAAGGAUGGAUAUUGUACGAUACAGGCCACCGAGAGGAAGCCCUGGCCAAGGCCGAGGAGUCUAUAUCGAUCCAGAGAUCUUUUGAGGCGUUUUUCCUCAAAGCUUAUGCUCUUGCAGAUUCUACACUUGAUCCCAAAUCUUCAAAGUACGUUAUCCAGCUCCUUGAAGAAGCCCUCCGAUGCCCUUCAGACGGUCUUCGUAAGGGACAAGCAUUGAACAACCUGGGAAGUGUGUAUGUAGACUGCGAUAAACUGGAUCUUGCUGCAGAUUGCUACAUGAACGCGCUCAACAUCAAACAUACACGAGCUCACCAAGGUCUUGCUCGCGUUUAUCAUCUUAAAAACCAAAUGAAAGUUGCAUAUGACGAGAUGACAAAGUUGAUAGAGAAAGCUCAGAACAAUGCUUCGGCUUACGAGAAGCGGUCUGAGUACUGUGACCGAGAGAUGGCACAGAGUGAUCUCAGCAUGGCCACACAACUUGACCCAUUAAGAACAUACCCGUACAGAUACAGAGCCGCAGUUCUGAUGGAUGACCAUAAAGAAGCUGAAGCAAUAGCCGAGCUCUCGAGGGCCAUAGCCUUUAAACCAGACCUGCAGUUGUUACAUUUACGGGCAGCAUUCUACGAUUCAAUGGGCGAAUGCACGGCUGCUCGUAGAGACUGUGAAGCAGCGCUAUGUGUUGAUCCGGGACAUGCAGAUACUGUUGAACUCUAUCACAAAGCAAUCAAACAACGGAAUCCAGAGCAGAAGUAAGAGAGUUUCAGACAAAAAAGUCUCGGCCUUUGUCUUCUUACAUCACCCUGUUUCUCAUGGGCAAUCAAUGGUUGCCGUCUCGUCCUCUGUUACACGGACACUGGUAAGCUUCUAGGUUGCUUCGUUCCUUCCUGGAACAUUCUGGAAGAAGAACUGGCCUCGUGUUCUGUGAUCGAGAAGGUCGGUUUGAGCUUACCGGGGGUUAAAAACCAAAGAAGCAGAAUAGAAUGUAAAUAGAAA